GUGUCCACACUCUCUCCUGCGUCGAUCUCUUAUCCCUUCAUCCCGCUCUUAACCUUGCUAAGCCUUCUCUUAGCCUCCUCUCGAGAAAACACAAGCAAACCAAGAGCUUAGCCUAGACAAACGUCGCGGGUAGCUGGGCGGCAGGCAGGCCGUCGGUGAGCAUGGACUACGACGACCACGACGACGGCGACGAGGAGGAGAUGCAGGAGAUGCCGAUGCCGGUGAGCUCGAGCUACGAGACCCCUCCGCUGUCGACGGGGCUAGCCGGCGGCGCGGGGAUUGCGCCCUACAAGCCUCCUGGCGAGGCGGGCGGUCGUGCCAAGGCUGCGGGCGGCGCCAGGUACCGCGAGUGCCUCAAGAACCACGCGGUGGGCAUCGGGGGGCACGCCGUCGACGGGUGCGGCGAGUUCAUCGCCGCCGGCGAGGAGGGCAGCAUCGACGCGCUACGCUGCGCCGCGUGCGGCUGCCACCGCAACUUCCACCGGCGGGAGUCCGAGUUCCCCGGCGCUGGCGGCGCCGAGGGCUCGCCCUUCUCCCCGCUGCCUUAUGGCGCCAUUCCCCCGCACCAUCAGUUCUCCCCGUACUACCGCACCCCGGCGGGCUACCUGCCGCACAGCCACCACCACCAUCACCCCCACAUGGCAGCGGCGGCGGCAGCCGCAGGACACCCGCGGCCGCUGGCGCUCCCGUCCACGUCACACAGCGGGCGGGACGACGGCGACGACAUGUCUGGUGGGAUGGCGGCCGGGCCCAUGUCGGCGGUGGGCCCGAUGAGCAGCAUGUCCCUCGGCGCCGGUGCCGGUCCCUCCGGCGGAUACUUCUCCGGGUCCGGGUCCGGCGGCCGGAAGCGGUUCCGCACCAAGUUCAGCCAGGAGCAGAAGGAGCGGAUGCUGGCGUUCGCGGAGCGCGUAGGGUGGCGCAUCCAGAAGCACGACGAGGCGGCGGUGCAGCAGUUCUGCGACGAGGUGGGAGUGAAGCGCCACGUGCUCAAGGUGUGGAUGCACAACAACAAGCACACCCUCGGCAAGAAGCCGCCGCCCGGCAGCAUCUGAUCCUCCGGCCCGGCCGGCGCCGCAUGCAAAGAAAGCUCCGCCCAUCUGGCAUCCCGGCCCCAGUCAGAGUCAGCUGAAGUUCCACCGUGGCUGGCUAGGUAUAUUGACCUGCAUGUGCUUUCUUACUUAGCUAGCGAGGUUCGCGUCUGAACUUCCCUCCUGCAUGCGGCCGUGCAUGGCUAGCUUAAUUAGGUUAAGCUGUAGUGAUCGAGCGUUCCUUCGUUCUUUAUUAUUAUAUUAUUUUUAUUUACUGUUGUUUAGGACUGUAAUUCCUAGCUAGCUGUGGCGCCAUGGCCAUUUGCUGAUCUGGUUCUUCUUGGGAAUGUACUCGGUGAUGCGGCCGGCCGAUCAGCUAGCCGACGA